AUGUCCCAAUCACAGCUUGACAUCAAGGCACUUCGGGCAAAGUUCCCGGCUCUUCACCAAGACCAGGUCUUCCUCGACAAUGCGGGUGGAAGUCAGAUUCUUGGGGCUGCAGCCGACUCGAUACGAGAUUACCUUAUUACCUCGAAUGUGCAGAUGGGCGCGUCGUAUGGUGUCGGCAAGCUAUCAGCAUCAAAAGUGAACAAGGGCUACGAAGCGGCUGCACGAUACAUCAAUGCACUGCCCGAUGAAAUUGUCUACGGCGCUUCUUCAACCCAAUUGCUACGCAACCUCGCACUGGGUCUCACUUUUGCUCAAGGAGAUGAGAUCAUCGUAUCAACCCUCGACCACGAGGCAAACAUCGCACCAUGGCUAGAUCUAGCUGAGAGACAAGGACUAAACAUCAAAUGGUGGACUCCAGAAGGUCAAGGCAACAACCCCAAGCUCACAGUCGAGAGCCUAAAGCCGCUCUUAUCCGACAGGACCAGAUUCCUGGCCUUGACUCAUUGCACCAACCUGCUUGGAUCAAUCCACGAUGUCAAGGCCAUCGCUGCAGCGGCUCACGAGUAUCCGGAUGUUUUUGUAUGUGUCGAUGGCGUGGCUUAUGCACCUCACCGGCCCAUUGACGUUAACGAUCUUGGUGUUGACUUCUACUGCCUUUCAUGGUACAAAGUGUUUGGCCCUCACAUCGCAAUGCUCUACGGUAGCCGUGAAGCUCAGAAGCAGCUCCGUCCGUUGGGCCACUACUUCAACCCCGCUGAUAGUCUAUCCGACAAGGCUGGAUUCUCCGCUGGAAGCUAUGAGCUGAUAGCAAGUAUAUCAGUCGUGGUUGAACAUCUACUCGCUGAAAGCUGGGAUAAUAGUAUCGCGCAAGAGACGGAGAUCCAAAAAUUACUCCUCGACUACCUGACCGAACGAGAUGACGCGAACAUCUACGGAGAACCUGAUUCGGAUCCGAGCAAGCGGCUGCCUAUCGUCAGCUUUACCAUUAAUGGAUGGAACUCUCGAAGUGUCGUAGCAGCUAUCGAAGCAAACUCGAAUCUCGGCCUCAAACAUGGCCACUUUUACUCCCAUCGUUUGGUAAAACAAGUUCUCGAUCUUGAUACAACUGAUGGCGUCGUUCGAGUGAGCAUGGCGCAUUACAAUACCCGCGAAGAGAUUCAAACUGUCAUAGAUACUUUACAGAACAUCAUCACAAAACGAUGA